AAUCAGAAUCACCUUUAUUGGCCAAGUAGGCUACAUUUACACAUAAACUACUCCGAAUGUUACUUGGUGGUAUGGUGCUGCUAGUGAUAGACAACAUUUAGAGAUAGAAUACAGGCAACUGAGUUUAAACCAAGUUUACAUACAUUUGGUGAAAAAUACUUAACCCUCAUUGCUCAUGUAAAUCGCUCUGGAUAAUAGCGUCUGCUAAAUGACGUAAAUGAAAAUGUGUAUAUGCUUAAUUAUGCCCUGAACCCACCAGAAGCAAAAACAACAUUUGUAAUGUAACUAACAUUACACCUGCUUAUGGUCCAGUGAGUCCAGUUUUAGCCUGCAAUCAACAUACUGUCACAGCAUUAGGCAAUUCUAAUUGCUCUGGUUGGGGCCAUUACAUAGGCUACAUUUGUAAUGCAACUAACAUUACACCUGCUUACGGUCCAGUGAGUCCAGUCUGUAGCCUGGAAACAGCGUAGGCAAUCCUAACUGCUAUGUCUAGGGCCCUUACAUAGGCUAUGUGGUGUUUUUGUUUUUUAUUAGGCUAUUAUUACAAUGUUCCAAUAUUAAAAAAAAAAAAAUCAAUAACAUCGAAUGUCAUACUAAAUGAUGCAGGUAUGUCUAGAACCUGAGUCAUAUACAGUAGCCCAUGGGUCUGGCUAUGGGUAUAACCAAUUAAUUGUAUGUUCUUAAAUUCGACUAAAUUGGAAAUAAGAGCCCAGCAAUUAUGUUUGCUUCAAAGUCAUAUAAUUUAGUUAUUGUGAAGGCUAUUCCAGUAAUGAGCAACUUGGUUAGAAUAUGUUUUAUUACAGCCUAGGGUCUUACAAGUCCUCUGCGUUUGUUGCCAACCCUAUAUUCAACCGACUAACUGUUCUCACACGCACGCACGCACAAAAUGCGGUCUCUUGGCUUUGUUCAUUCUCAUCCAACAUCCCUGCCUCCUCAUUGGUGCUGAGAGGAUGCGGUGACUUCUGAUUGGGUGAAAGUUUUUCCUCUGGCUUUAGCACUUGUGGAGUCACCCCCACCCCACUCAAAACCACCCCCACCCCACUCAAAACAUAGAAUUGGUCAAGCCGCUCUAGGAGUCCAGUUGUUUUUACAGUCAGUAACAUACUGACUAAAACGACAGCCUGUUGUAGACUAUUUGUAGCAAGAGUGAUGUAAGGAGUCUCAAACAAAUCGACGUUGUCUGAAUCUGUCUGAAGCUCAGAUAUUCCAAAGCGCAGCAUCCACAUAAAGACGCGUUGUUCACGCACAGAGGAGGACACAAAUUAUAACAAAUAUCCAUUAAAAAAUAGCGAAGAUGGUGUCCGCUGGACUGGAGAUCCUUGGGCUGGGGCUGUGCGUCAUUGGCUCGCUCCUGGUGAUGGUGGUGUGCGGGCUGCCCAUGUGGAAGGUAACGGCGUUCAUCGAGGCCAACAUUGUGGUGGCUCAGACCAUCUGGGAUGGGCUCUGGAUGUCUUGUGUGGUGCAGAGCACCGGCCAGAUGCAGUGCAAGGUGCACGACUCGGUCCUUGCGCUCGGCCACGACCUGCAGGCGGCGCGAGCCCUCACCGUCAUCUCGUGUGUGUUUGGCGUGCUGGGGCUGAUGGUGGUGAUCGCCGGGGCGCAGUGCACCAACUGCAUUAGCGCCGAGAACGUCAAAACCCGGGUGGUAAACGCCGGAGGGGUCAUCUACAUCACCAGUGGGUUGUUUGUGUUAGUUCCUCUCUGCUGGAUGGCCAACAACAUCAUCUCUGACUUCUACAACCCACAGGUGCCCGCGUCCAAAAAGAGGGAGAUCGGGGCCGCGCUCUACAUCGGUUGGGCGGCCACGGCGCUCCUGCUGAUCGGGGGCGCGCUACUCUGCUGCUCUUGUCCUUCUGGCGGGAAUUCGGGCUAUUCGGCCAAAUAUUCCCCGACCAAACGGGCCACACCGAACGGGACCGGAGACUAUGACAAAAGGAAUUACGUGUAGCCCUGCUUCCCACCCUCGGGAUGGGGUAGCUAUGCUGUGCGUAAAUGUGCUGUGAUCUUUUGAAAAACUAUUUUUUUAAACGUAUUUUUUGCACCUGCAGUUUACUCUGAACUUUGAAAUCAAUUAAAGCAUCAUUUUGUUACACUGACUAUAAACUAAACACAAUAUUGGAUAACAUAUUCGUUCAUCAUUUUUGCAAACAGCAGAAAAUAAACUUUUUGGAGACUAUGCAUAUACGUCUGGAUAUAAAGUGAUAGCCAAUGACAAAAAUGAGCGUCUUUGUUUUAGGUACCUGUAUUUUUAAAUGUCCUAGUCUAUAUUUUCUAUGAUCGCUCAUAAUCCCUUGCAUUUUGAAAUGUUUACCAUUAUGAAGAUUAUACGACUGAAUAUAUCCACUGUUUUGUUUUACUUCAGUGUAGGCUUCAGUUACUGUGAUUUCGGAGUGAUAGCACUCCAAACCACCUAAAAGGUUUUUGGACAGUGGAUUUUUGCUUCACGGCACUGUGGGACGAGCUAAAAAAAAUACAUGUAGGCUAGGCCUAUUUUUAAGGAAACACAACUCAGGCGUCCUUAUAUGUGUCUAUAAUAGUGGAAUAUAAUCUAUUUGACAAAAAUUAGGACCAUAGAUUUAGAUGCCAAAUAUAGGAUGUCCAGAUGAAACUUUUAAAAGUUUGCAAAUGUGAGUUUUAUAUCUGUAUGUAGAAGCUGUGCUGGAUGUGUUUCUUGUCAUGGAUUUGUAUGAAUACACUGCUGUUUUACUAACUGGUUUUGUUGAUGUUUGAUGUAAAGAUCCAUUAUAUAUUUCAUGCAAUAUUCUUUCCAAUGUUAAACUGAGAUUAAACUGAUAUCGUCUUAAACGUA